AUGUCGACCGCGACCACGGCUGCCACCCCCAUCCAGCUCGCGCCCAACCUUGGCCUGGGUCGCAUCUCGGGCAACCCCCCGGGGGCCCUCGAGAGGGCCAACGAGCUCCUCCAGCGCAACCAUGACGACUACCACAUCUUUUGGCGCGACGUCGGCGGCCACAACCACAUCCCGCACUCGAUCCUCUCUGUGCUCGCGCUUGGCGGCGGCCCGGCCGAGAUCCAGCGUGCCUACGACGACGGCGUAGCGAUCCAGCGGCCCAUCCCGCCGCUCGACAAGGACGUGGUCAAGGCCCUCCACGACCCGGACACGUUCCGCCAGCACAUCGGCAACCUCCACCACUACACCAACUACCUCAUCUUCUUCAAGGAGGAGAUCGCCGCCAAGGGAUGGCAGGCCGUGCUGCAGGAGUACGUCUUCAGCGGGACGCCCAACGCCGAGACCAUCUUUGCGCAGCUGUACGAGGGCGCCUACCACCCCAUAAUCCAUCUCGGCUUCGGCGUCGAGUUUGAGCUGCCGGCCAUCAUCGCCGAGGGCCUCGCCCAGGCCGCCGUGCACGACUCGGCCAACCUCGAGGCCUUCUUCCAGCAGAGCGAGAAGCUCGCCGCCGAGGCCAGCAGCAACAACACCGCGCCCAAGCCCCUGCUCUCGCUCUACCGCGAGGUGCGCGCGACCGACAAGAUCCGCACCGCCGCGCGCGUGGAGGAGGGCCCCGUGCGGGUGCGCGACGGGGUGCUGGGGCGAGCGGGCGCCGAGAUCGCGGCGCUGACGGCGCAGUGGCGGGUGGCGGCGCAGCACACCGAGGCGGCGCUCGAGCGCGCCACGGCCGAGAUGAUCAACCUGGCGGCCUUCUCGGCGGGCGGUGCGCAGCGGGCGGGGCGGGCGCGCCGCAUCGACUUCUUCCACAUGCACAACGUCAACGCGAGCAUCUUCUUCACCACGUUCAACCGGCUGCCGUGGCUGAGCCUCGCCGACAAGGUGCGCCUCGUCGAGCGCAAGGCGCGCGUCGACUUGGUCUGGUACGCGGCCAGCGCCGCGGCCGAGCUGAGCCUCGACUGGGUCGAGGGCUAUGUGCCGACACACAGCAAGGGGCUGGACUGGCAGGGCUUGUACAAGGUGGUCAAUAAGGCGCACGACGACGGCCAUGUUGCCAAGUUUGUGCGGGCCAUCCGGAACGGCCAGGAGUCGUCGAGGAAGUACGAGACGGGCGAGGGGAGCGAGAACUUCCCCGUCAAGGGAGAGUCUUGGUUCAAGCUCGCUCAGCUGUCCUAUGACUCGACGCUCGGGCUGGGUCCGGACGACAAGUGGAUCUGGGGCGCUGGCUUUGAUCCGCUGUGGAAUGCGGUUCCUGCUGUUGCCGCGUAGGGCGGGUUCACUUAGGCUGUCACUGUGUCAGUUGAUGGGCAUUGAAGGACAAUUCAUG